GAGCGAGAGACAUUAGCAGUGUAGACUGUAGCUGUAUCGUGGACUCGUAAUGUGCUCUACUAGAAACGCGUCAUGGCAACUGGAUAAACCAAACAGCAAUGUGGAGUGAUUUUCAGUUUGUCUCAAAGAAAAAAAAGUUGAAUGAAUACGCCAGAAUUUAUGAUUGAGGAAUCAACAAAUAUGGGGCUCCAAGGCACGACGUGCAAACGCAAGCUGGAAUGUGAGAGUCCAACACCAGCCAAGAUGGGGCGACUAGAGGACUGGGGUAGCGACCAGUAUCUGCCAUCAAAUGCCCGCUACCAGUACUAUCCUCCCUACAACUCAGCCACCACAGAGGACUACCACCGUGGCUGCUACCCCCAGCAAACCAUACGCUGCGAGGAGAACGGCAAGUCCUACCUGGACCUGGGCAGUUGGAGCGGCAACAACGGUAGGGGCAAGUGCUGUGAGGGCAGAACUAACUGGUGUGCGCGAGGUCCCUCAUGCUACCGGCAGAGGCGACUGGCUGUGCUUAACAUUUCUAUGUGUAAGUUGGGCAGAUAUCGACAAUUUUCCGAUCCCAGUCUUCAUCGUUCUGUGCUUAUCUGUAAUACUUUAAGAUUAAUAGAAAAGGAAAUGGAGCAAGAAGGAUACUUCUCUUCCAAUAACGGUUCAUCCCAUCCCCCAGCGGUGGAGCAAACUCAUCAGCCCCAGUUUCCUGAAGUGCCUAACCUGUACGAUCCUCCUCGUGCAGCCACACCGUUCCCCUCCUCCCUCUCUGACGACUCGUCCACGUCGAGCGAUGACCGCAGCAUCAACUGGGGCUCCGUGCUCAGCUUGUCGAGUCAGUCCAAUCUGGACCCUCUCAACAACAAUGACUCGGACCCCGAUAUGGACGAUUUCCUGCCAUCGUGGAAGCUGACGACAGACGACAUAUUCAGGCGGUCGUCUGAAUCAACAGAAAUAGACAGUAUAAUGCAUGUUCUUGUUGGUACGUGAUCUUUUGCGCUCUCUUUUAGGCUUUUUUUCAAAUUUUAGAUUAUAUUUUUUCCUUCUUAUUUCUUGUGCAAUAUAAACAAGGAAGAGCACUCCGAUGGUUGUAUUUGAAUUUAAAGUUAUGUGUAAGCUUUUUUCUAUGUACAUUUUUGUAAAUACAAUUUUCUUCUUGCCACAAAUUAUUUUUAGGCAACUGUCUGUCAAACAAAAAUAUUUUUAUCUAAAUGUAUGGAAUUGAAUGAGCAUUCCUUUGCAUAAGCGUGUUAAUUGGAACCAGAGGUGGUUUAUGAUUGGCAGUAAAGGUUUCUCAUAGUAGUAUAAAUAAUGGCAAUAAUAAUUAAUACCAGCAUUGAUUUGUUACUCUUUUGUUUAAUUCUAUAAAAUUAUAAUAUUCCUUUUAGAACCAAAUUGAAUUUUAAUAUUUAAUAUUAUAAUUUGAAGACAAAACAAACAUUUUUUUUGCCUUGUUCAACAUUAUUCUUUCUUUGGAAAGAUGUCUACAUAUUUCUAAAAGUAAAGUGGAUAAAACAAUAUGUGCUUUCUAAAAUAUAUUUUUAGUUCAAAACAUAAAAUCAAGUUACUGUAUCAAUGGUUUUUAAUUUUCUAUAAAUAAAUCCCAUUAUUUGGGAUACAUAACAAUCAUUCCGGAUAUUUUAUGAGCAUUUGGUUUUAACACUUGAAAUCACCCUUGGAUGAGCAGUAAGGUGUGAACAAAUCAACAUUCUUCUAUCAAACAGGCUGGGCAAGGUUUUGCUGUAAUAAGUUGUGUUAAAUGGUGACUUUUAGUAAUAAUUUACCUAAACAUUUCAUGCUUUGGAUAGGAGAUCAAUGUGAUACUGAUAGUUCAUUUUUAUACAGAACUUGGUCUUGACAAAUAUUCAUUACAUCAUUCGCUACUAUCAAAUUUUGUUUGCUACUGUCGUCAAUUUAUUAACGAAAAACAUUGGUGCUAUUAACAUGACUGUACCUCCUUUCAGUUAGCUACCACUUAAUUCGCCACAUUACAUAUUUAAGUAAUAGGAAUUUGUGCAUUUAUAUAAAAUGAAAGUUAUCAUGAGCUAUAACAUGACAUAAAAUUUAUAUUUAUUAAAACAUAAAAAAUUUAAAUAGUCAACAAUUUGUUUUCCUAAACAAAUGUUCUGAUAGUAAAAAAAGUAAACAUUACACAGGUUUGAAACCAGCUGCUAUCAAAUAAGAAUCCAAUGUAUGACCAAACUAAUAACACAAGUUAGUUGUCUGGAGUGUAGGAUAGAGCCUACAUUUGAUGUAACAAAUCUAUCCUCUCUCUUUCUCAACCCAGUGAGAAACUUUCCCAUAGUUUCUUGGGGAGAAUGACCAAGUGCAUUUGAUUUGGCUUCUUGUUCUAUCUCAGUUUUAUUUGUAAUACAUUAAUCAAAAUUAAAUCUUAAAAAGGGGAAUAUACUCUUGUGUUUAUAAGUUAAAUGAUAUUUGGAAUUUUAAGGUAACCUAUUUAUCACAGUCACAAUACUGAGGCGACUCUUGUGUUAUUGCAAGCAAUACAAAUGUAUUAAACUUUCAUAAACAGUGAAUGACCAACUGUAAUUGAAUAAAUACUUGACCCUUCAUUACUUUCCUUGAAAAUAACCAAAAAAUAUUCUAUUAUGUAACCUAACUUACUGGACAUGCAUUUGCUUUGUGAUUUAGAACUAAAAUAUUGCUUACAAAAUAAAAACAGUUUUGUAUCGAUACAAUAAUUGUGUGUUCUUAUAAAACAUUGUAAAGCAGUCAUUGUUACCUCCAUUGAUUCAAAAUUUCCUUUACUUUGAAACUUGAAUUUUAAUUCUCAUUUAAUUAGUGUCUACUGUCUUAUUUUUUAUUUUAGUUACUUAUUUUUGUUGUAAAUAACUAAGCAGAUUGUUAUGAAUUUAUUUAUAUGUUUUGAUGUAUAUGUACAUAAGGUUUGAAUAUAUUACAAAUUAUAUAUGUGUAAACAGUUGUACAUCAAAAUAUCUAGUCCUUUCUCCGAUAUUUACUUAAUAUGUUAUUGUGAAUUGCCUACUAUUGGUGAUAAUUAAUUAUUUUAGUUUUUCUGUUACAGCAAUAAAUAAGCUUAGCGAAGAAUUGCAGAUUUAGAUUUAACUUUUUACUGGAAUCAAUGUAGUGUACAGAUUAAAGAGUUAGCAUACAUGUUUGCAUGUUGUUCAUCUGUGAUUAAUGCAAAGAAAUUUUAUGUUUUAUAUUAUAAACUGGGAUACUUAAUUAUAUAGCAAAUUUAAAUUGAUUGACCCUGUAAUAUACACUUGAAAGCUCAAAAAGCAAAAUUUUCAUUUUAUUAAUUAAAAUGAAGAACGUUCACUUUUCAAUGUUCGGCUUAGCAUAUUAAAUUAUUGUCCUUGUUGCAUCAUGAAUUUUUAAACAAGAAUGAUGUUCUGUAAAAUUUGUUUACUUUCAAAUAAUUGCUCAAAAAUCCAGGUUUACUUGUUCAUUACAUAUAAUGUAAGUUUAAAAAGGCAGUAUUGCAAAUCAGAGUUCUGGAGAGACUUGGUAACAAUUUACAGUGUGACAACAAAGUGCAUGUUAGUUACUAAAAAAGGGAAGAAGUAACUAGUAAAAUAUCAUGAUGCAUUGGGUAUUCAGUUCUAUUUGUAGAAAUUGUAUUCUUGUGUGUUAUAUGUAUUUUACUAUAUUUAACUGAUUCUGCAAAUACAUAGUUUUAUGUAAUUCAGUCCUAGUGUUAGGACUUUAGAAUAUAUAAGACUAUUAUUUCAUUCACUGAUGUCAGAAGGCCUACAAAUGUCAUGCCAUUAUGGAAAUCUACUAAUCAUUCAAGAUUGAUGCUAUAUUUUUUGUGUUCAGUUUUAUUACUUUUAACGUUUUAGUUCUAUAACCUAUUAUAAAACUACAUUUUUUUAUACAAUUUAUAUUUUACAUUUAUACAAUAUGAUUUAGGUAAAUUUGUUUAUUUCUUUUAGUAUUCAUAGAAUACAAAAAAUCAUAAUCUGUACUGGUAGGCAUAACAUUUUAUUUGCAACAAUGUGUGUUAUGGUGCUCAGUUAUUUUAGUUUAGAUUUGUUCAGUAAAUAGACUACUGUAUAAGCUAUGUGCAACCAUACCAAUAGAAUAAAUUAUAAAAUGUCUGGGUUUUUUCUCAAAUGUAGACACCGUGAUAAUGUAGCAAAAGUAUAUUAUUAACUGGAGGAGUUUUUCAUGGCAUUACUAUACCAUUCUUGUAGAAGUGAUUUUAAUAGCUUAAGAUAGGAGUCCUACAUCCUGGCCUUUGCUCAUAUCUGUAUUGUUUUUAUUGUCGUCGAUACUCAUAAUAAAAGUUAGCAAUGAAACCCUUCCUUUAAAUACCUGUUAAGAUAUUUUUGCACUAAUCAAUUUGUAUCAAUUGUUAAUAGUAAAAAGUGUAAGAAGAUAUUUUUGCAGAAUAUCCACUUUCUAAUUUGCAUGUUUUGUUGACAUAGGAAAUGCAUUUAUUGGUUAAGUUAGCACUUUAGGGCCAAAGUUUCUACAGAGGGAUUGGUGUGUAAUACCAUAUAGUCAGAAAUACAACUUGCAUAUGAUACAAGAAAACUAUUUGGACAGCGCAGACAAAAGCUUAAAACUAAAGUCAUGCCACAUCUUGAAAAGUUCUUUUUAGUUUUUACACAUAGCUUUCAGGGCCGCGUUAAGGGUCAGUGGAGCCCUGGGCAAACACAAGAGCAGCGCCCCUUUUUUUUCCUAGUGCUGGUGGGCGGUGGUUUGGGGGCACCCAGGGCACCCCUAAACCACCGUCGCCCCCGGGCAUAUGCCCAGUCUGCCCGUUUAUAAAAGUGUUAAGGUUAAGGUUACUUGUUGACAGUGCUUGAUUUGUAAAACUUGAGGUGCCGGAACUGUAGUAACAUAUUUAAUACAUGACAAGCACAUAUUUAUGUACCUAUUUAUACUAAUAUUUUUAUCUUUCCAAAAGAGAGGUACCGAAACUCCAUUCCGCCGAAUUCCCCCGUAAAUCGAGCACUGCUUUUUCAUAUUCCGAACUUAAAAUUUUCUAACUUGGUUAAGUCUGUAUUGAUCUUGAAUUACUAGCAUAAAAAUCAUAUAUUUUUAUUCAGAAUAAAUUAUUUGAAAGCAGCUUUAAAAACUGUUUUAUUAGUUCUAAACUGCCAAAUGUCAUAUUGUCUAAAAUGGUUGUGCUCGGAGGGUGGAUUUGCCAUCUACAAUUUGAAAUUUAUUAUUCAUGUAUAAUUAUAAAAUCUUUUCAAAAUCCACUGCAUCUGUAUAAAUAGUUUGGCUGUCAAUAACUCCGUCCUAACAUUGAACUGAGCAUGGGCCAGGUUAGGUGGUGCUGUGAUAUAGUUGUGUACAAUCCUUGUAUUAUAACCCUAGAGUGAUGUUUGCAAUAAUUUCUUUGUAUUUUAGUGUACAUAAACGUUAAUACAUGGUCUUAAUAUUUGAUAAACACUUCUUUGUCAAAAUGUGUACAACUUACAUUGAAGUAAAAAUGAUUUUUUCAAAUGUACAAAUAAACAUCUUACUGGCA